GGAGGCGAGGGAGAGAAAGCAGUGGCAGGGAGAGAGAGGGCAGAAGUUGGAUGGCGCUUUCCUUUGUCACCGUGUCUCCGUGCCUGUGAUCAUCGAGCGAGCCUAUCUGCGAUCCGUGAAAUCACACCGUCUGUCGCCGUUUCACGUCCAAGCGACCCCGCCAGAUUUCAUCCAAGAAACGGUCCGAACCUGUGGCCAAGAUGAUGGAGGAAUCGGUGUCCACGUUUGAGACGCAUCUGACGGCUGUCAUGGACAGUCUGAUCCGAGCCUCGGUGUGCGAGAUCACCAAACUCUUCCAGGACAUGGUGAACGACUACCUGGUGGAGCUGUCCCUCAACAGGAAGGAGAACGAGGCUCUCAAACAGCGGCUGAAGCUCACCGAGAACAAGCUGAGGACCGAGCGCAAGUACGGGAUGGGCUGGGCUGCCAACCGCCGCAACGCCGGGCUGGCGGCAGCGGAGGAGGGAGGUGGAGGAGGAGGGCGGCAGAAACGAAAAGUUGAGGUGGCCCGAGGCAAGUCAAAGAAGGGCCCAGCAGCAGCCUAUGGCAAAGGCUGGCCUGGAGGUGUGUGGGAGGAAGGUGGAGGUGGAGGUGGCGGCAGCGGUGGUGGUGGAGGAGGAGGAGGAGGAGGAGGAGGAGGAAGUGCAGGAGCUGUGGGGAUGGUAGCAGGAGCAGGAGGAAGAGGGGGGAAGGAGGCCAGGGAGAUGUACCUCAUCCAGUUCCCGGGAGAUGAAGAGGAUGAGGGAGGGAUGGUGGAGGACGAGGAAGGGGAGGGCAGCCUCAGCGGUGAGGGGGAGGAGACGGCCAACAUCAAAGAGGAGUUUGCACAAACAGAGGGCUAUCAACCUGCCUCUCUCCGACUAAUCAAGGAGGCUUUGAAGAUGGACCCGCCCAACCAGAACUUCCACCCCGGCUCCAGAGCCCAAAGCGAAGGAGAUAUGUCAGAUCAUCCACCAACCCUUCAUUCAGGGGAUAGAGAGGACGAGGACUGGGAGGUGGGUUCAUCAGAGCCGUCGCAGGGGGGCAUGACCAUGGAUGAGCUGAGGGGUCUGGAGUCCGCACUGAGGGCUGAAAGAGGGCGUGAAAAGGCUGCCAUGACGGCGCCUCAUCCUGUCAGUCCUGGCUCAGUAGUGGUGCGAGGCAGCGAGAGCAGCCUGGCCCCCAAGUACAUUGGUCUUGAUGGAAUGGAGCAGGACGAAGAGCUGGAGCCACCCACCCUGCAGAGAGAGGAGCAGAUAGGACAGGGCAGGUUGAAGGACGCAGUGAGGGCCGGAGUGGAGCUGAGGUUAGGCUGGUCGAAGAAGUUGAGGGAGGGCGACUCGGCUGCGGGCAUGACUGGAGAGGAUGUGGUGGAGCAGGGAGAGUCGGAGCACCUACCCCACCUGUCUGCUCCGGGGAGUGUCGGGGAGAGUGGAGGGGAAGAGGAGGGUGGUGGGGACCUGCUCCACUUCUGCCCACAGUGUGGAGGAGGCUUCACCUCAGAGGCUGAGCUGGAGGAGCACCCCUGUCCACUCGGAGGCUCUCAUUUACAGGGCAGCGAGGAGGAUGGUCUUUUCCCUUGUGCCCACUGCGGCAACACGUUCAGCCACGCCUGGGCUCUUAAGAACCACGAGUGCGCCUGUGCCGCUGAACGGCCGCACUGCUGCGAGAUCUGUGGGAAACGCUUCACGCACUCGCGCUCACUUGAACGGCAUCACCUGGUGCACACAGGCGAGAGGCCGCACCGGUGCCCUCAGUGCGGACGCAGCUUCAGUCGCCUGGGCAAUUUGGAACGGCACCAGCGGAUUCACACAGGCGAACGCCCAUACGGGUGUGAUGCGUGUGGAAAGCGUUUCAGUCGCGUGGAGUACUUGAAGAGACACCAACUCAUACACAACGUGAAAAGGCGACACUCCAGUGCUCCAACUGUGGAAGCGGCUUCAGUGACAUGGAGCAACUGAAAAACCACCAGUGUUUUUAGAGCACAUCCUUCAAAUCUCUGAUCGAACUGGAAAGAAAAAGCAGGUUUUUAAUUGAAUGUGGCAGAAUUCAGGGGAUGAAUGUGAGUGGAGGAUGCUCAUUUUAUUUUCAGUGACUUUGGAGUUGCCUUUCUUAUAUGCUUUGACAGGAUGAAGAAGUUAAAUUAAGUUAAAGACAAGGAACAGGUACAUGUGUGGAAGAUUAUUGUUGAAUAAAAACAAAGAAGGUAAAUGUCCAAAGUUGACAGGAAGACAGUUGUACAUGGUGUUUCUCUGUGAGGGGAGGAAUAAAAUCAAUCUCAAAUGUUCUUCAGCCAUAUUAAUUUGAAGUGUUCUCAUUUGUAUGUACAAAGCUUGUACUUAUUUAUGAUCAAUAAAUUGUACAUUCUUUUGCCUUUAUAUCAAUAAGUCACUCAUGUUGCAGCCGAUGCCCUUGUUUUUUGCUGAUACAAUAUAAUUGUCAACUUGGUAUUUUGUAUGUUUGUGUUUUGGUCAUAUUAAGAAAUAAAUAUUUCUAUUCAUCAGAAGGCUCAUUACCAA